AUGUCCGGGUCAGAACCAGGAAAUGUUAUUCUUAAAAACAUUCUAAAAGGCACUGUUAGGGCUCCAAGGAUCCUUUGGUGGCAAGCGAAUGAGAUUCUGUUUAAGCUUCAGAAACAACAGCGUAGUGCUAGUAAAACCCAUCCUUGCACAGCAACAUGGCUUAAACUUGUGAGGUGUAUGCGUAGAUUCCCUCACAAUAUGACAAAAAAAUGCAGCGGAGAGGCUUCCAGGCAUUACCAGUGUACCCUAACCAAUAAGGAAUGGACUAUGGAGGAAGAUGUAAGUUACAUAAAGAUUCUGGAAAGUUUCAAUUUACUACAAAAAAGACCAUCUCAACAAAACAAUUAA